GCUCCUACCUGAUGGUGAACUCCUCACAGCACACCCCGGGCCAGAAAGCUCACCUGCUGUUCCAGGCACUGAGUGAGAAUGACACCCACUGCCUCCAGUUCAGCUACUUCAUGUACAGCCGGGAUGGCCACAGCCCCGGCACCCUCAGCGCCUACGUCCGCGUGACGGGGGGUCCGGUGGGCAGCGCUGUCUGGAAUGCUUCGGGCUCCCAUGGCCGCCAGUGGCACCAGGCAGAGUUGGCGGUCAGCUUGUUCUGGCCCAACGAGUACCAGGUCCUCUUUGAGGCCGUGGUCUCCAGCGAGCGCAGGGGAUAUCUUGGCUUGGAUGACAUUUUGCUCUUGAAUUAUCCAUGCUCGAAAGCACCUCAUUUCUCCCGCCUGGGUGACGUGGAGGUCAACGCGGGGCAGAAUGCCACCUUCCAGUGCGUGGCUGCUGGCAAGGCUGCCGAGGCUGAGAGGUUCCUCAUGCAGAGGCAGAGCGGUGAGGUGGUCCCUGCUGCCUCUGUGAAGCACAUCAGCCACCGGCGCUUCCUGGCCACCUUCCAGCUGGACGAGGUGUCCAAGGAGGAGCAGGAUCUGUACCGCUGUGUCACCCAGUCCAGCCGUGGCUCUGGUGUCUCUAAUUUUGCUGAGCUCCUUGUGAAAGAGCCUCCCACACCCAUUGCACCUCCCCAGCUGCUCCGGGCCGGCUCCACCUACCUCAUCAUCCAGCUCAACACCAACUCCAUCAUCGGCGACGGCCCCAUCGUGCGCAAAGAGAUCGAGUACCGCAUGACCUCGGGGCCCUGGUCGGAGGUCCAUGCUGUCAACAUGCAGACCUACAAGCUCUGGCACCUGGAUCCAGACACAGAGUAUGAGAUCAGUGUCCUGCUCACCCGGCCCGGCGAGGGGGGAACUGGCAAACCAGGACCACCCCUCAUCAGCCGCACCAAGUGUGCAGAGCCCAUGCGGGCCCCCAAAGGUCUGGCUUUCUCCGAAAUCCAGUCCAGGCAGCUGACAUUGCAGUGGGAGCCACUGGGCUACAACCUGACCCGUUGUCACACCUACACCGUCUCCCUCUGUUACCGCUAUUUCGUGGGCACCGGCCACAACCAAACUUUCCGGGAGUGCGUGAAGAUGGAGCGGAACAUCAACAGCUACACCAUCAAAAACCUGCUGCCCUACAAGAACAUCCACGUCAAACUCAUCCUCUCCAACCCUGAGGGUCGCAAAGAGGGCAAGGAGGUGGUAUUCCAGACGGAUGAAGAUG